UCAACUGGAGAGAACAGCUAGCUGCGAGAGAGAACCGGUCCCGUUGCGCGCUUCCAUUCUGGCCAGUGUUGUUGCGCCUGACUUGUAGUUCUUUUCAGUUGUUCGAUCCCAGAGAAGACCCACAGAAUCUAAUCUUGACCAGUUUAUCAGCGAAAGAGCGCCGUCAGUGAAUUGAAAAAAAAACGAUGAGUUGCAUCUGGUCCAUGGACAGCCGAGCUGGAGACAAGCGUGGGGGAUCCCUCCGUGCAGCAUGAUUUGCCUCGCUCGGGUCGCUUUAAUUUAUCACCCUAAGGUUACUGCUGAAAGGGAUACCGAGAACAGCUGAGGACAAAGGUUGAAGAAUAAAAAUGAUGUCCUUUUUCCCACUCAAAAAAUUAAGACGAAAUGUCAAGUAUCUUCUUUUUGGAGCGGUAUUAAUUAUUGGAGUUUUGGCUGCCUAUUUAGAAUUUGUUGCAACAACAAAUACGUGGAACGACAGUGUCCAGUUCAAUGCUUGGGAUGAGACGACUCCCCCAACCAGGCAAGCAACAGAAAAAGAGUCUCUCAGCAGUGAGCAGGGCAGAUCGUGGCAGUCCCAGUUCACUCCGCAGUCCUGGAGCCCAGAGUACAAAGGGCAAGCUAAUCUGCACAUUUUUGAAGACUGGUGUGGCAGCUCCACUCUGCAACUUCGGAAAAACCUACACUUUCCUCUGUACCCUCAUUCCAGGACCACGGUGACGAAGCUCGCCGUUUCCCCCCGAUGGACCAACUACGGCCUGAGGAUCUUCGGUUACCUCCACCCUUACGUCGACGGGGAGUUCCUGUUCGCUGUGGCCUCCGAUGACAACUCUGAGUUCUGGUUGAGUGAGGAUGACAGCCCCCUGAACCUCCAUCUGCUGGCUUUGGUGGGAAAGACUGGCGCAGAAUGGGCGGCGCCAGGCGAGUUUGGGAAAUACGUCAGUCAGGUCUCUCAGCCAAUCGAGCUAAUGGCGAGUAAGCAAUAUUACUUUGAGAUCCUCCACAAACAGAACGACAGAGGCACUGACCAUGUGGAAGUCGCGUGGCGACUCCAUGAUGGGGAGAGGUUCACAGUCAUUGAUUCCCGCUACAUUUCCCUCUACACCAACGAGUCGGCUCGGAUGAUGAGUGAGGUCGCUCAUAUCCCUCAGUCAGCUGCUAGUCACGUGGCGCCCCCCCAGAACACCCAGGGGACCCCAAAACCUGGGGAUUCCAGUCUGGGGGUAGACAUGCUGCGGGAGGACCCCCGGGACUCUCUGUACCAGCUUCCGCUGGUGGACAGGGUGCAUGUGCGACGCGUCCUUCCCGACUGCGCCUACGAGCCCAGCUACAUCAUAAAGGGCUUCCCCCUGCUGCGCUACCAGGGCCUGCAGUUUGUCCACAUGUCCUAUGUCUACCCUAAUGACUACACACGAUUAACCCACAUGGAGACUGAGAACAAAUGCUUCUACCACGAGAAUCCAUAUUACCUGGACAGGUUUGGCUUUUUUAAAUACAUGAAGAUGGAUAUCCCAAAAAAUGGAGGGCUUGAAGACAGAGGUAGAUUAUGGAAGAAGCAAGGCAUUGGCUUGCUGGAGAAUAUUUCUCUCGAUGAGAUCUUCCAGUAUGCGAAUCAGGAGAUCCCAAGAGAGCCAAAAUUUGUAAUGGGUGAAGGGAAGGCCGGGGACAGGCCUGACAGGCCGCUGGACUACGGCGACGACUACGACGACUACGCCUUCAAACGCAAGAGGAAGCUGUUCGCCGCGCCGCUCGCCACCGAGCCCGCCCCUCACAGGAAGAGGAAGAGGAGGGGCAAAGCCGGGCCGCAGGAGCCCCGGACGGGACCCGCCCCACGCUCUGACACGGCCCAGGAGGCGGAGCCGCUCGCCAAAGUACGGAGCGGUGUAAAAUCGGACAGGGGUGCGAGAGGCGGUCAGGUUCUCAGGUCGAGACUUUCAAAGCCCGACUCCGUCCUUCAAGAUAAGGGGACCUUAUUGGCCCAGAAGGUGCAGCGUUUGGGGGUGGUCAAAUUGCCCGGUGUCACCGCCGACCAAUCAAAGCGCCACUUGGGGUCCAGUGCACCAGUGACCACAGCUAAAGGGCCGAGCAGAAUUAAAGGCCAGACCUCUCAACCGACCCUGACCCUGAAACAGACCCAGACCACAGCUCCACCCGGCCAGGAGGUUAAAGUGUCCACACGGGCGUUCUCGGUCUCCACGGGGACCCGUUUGGAGUGGCAGUUGAGAGGCAACGUGACCAGCCCACUGUUCAAAACGGGAGCCGCCGCUGCGAAGAGCCAGCCACGGAAAGGGGAGCGGAGAACUGGUCUCCGGGGAAACGAGGUGGAUCCCGUAGCCAACCGGACUGCGCGGAGGGAAGAGGAGGCGGGGCCAGGCACGCAGGGAGCCAAUGAGUCAGAAGCAGACUCUGACGGGUUGUGGACGCUGGGCAACGAUUUGGAGGGGGACGGCGAGGGAGCGUUCGAUGCCACCAAGCCGCCCAUCUUCGACCAGGCGGUGAACUGGAGGCAGACCUUCGACGUGGAGCCCCUCGACUUCCACGCGCUGCGCUCGGACUGGAUCGACCUGAACUGCAACGUCUCAGGGAACCUGCUGCUGGACCCGGGGGAGGCCCUGGCUGUGGUGGACGGCUUCAUGAAGAAGCUCAACCAGAAGAACCCUGGGCGCUUCUCUCUGUCGCGGGUGGUGAACGUGGAGAAGCGGGCCGACGGCUCCCAGGGCAGCAGGUACUUCCUGGAGCUGGAGCUGCUGGAGGAGGGCGUGGGCCGGGUCCGUCUGUCCCGCUACAUCUACGCCCUCCAGCGCCGCCGCCGGGGCUGGGGCAGGGGCCGGGGCCCUGGGGCCCGUCGAGGGGUCCCCCUCCAGCAGGAGCCGCUGCUCUGCACCCCCCUGGGCUUCUCCUGGGACCCCUCGGCCACCGUCCACUUCAUCGUCCCAGUGAAGAACCAGGCCCGGUGGGUCCAGCAGUUCAUCACGGACAUGGAGCGGCUGUACAGAGACACCGGGGACAGCAACUUCAACAUCAUCAUCACGGACUACAGCAGCACGGACAUGGACGUGGAGGAGGCGCUCAAGACCUCUGCUCUGCCCAGGUACCAGUACCUGAAGCUGAAUGGGAACUUUGAGCGGUCGGCAGGGCUACAGGCUGGAGUCGACCUCAUCGCUGACGACCACAGCAUCGUGUUUCUGUGUGACCUGCACAUCCACUUCCCCCCAUUCAUCAUUGACAGCGUACGCAAGCACUGUGUGGAGGGCAGGAUGGCCUUCGCCCCCAUCGUAAUGAGACUGGACUGUGGAGCCACUCCACGCGAGCCCAAGGGAUUCUGGGAGGUGAAUGGCUUCGGGCUGCUGGGGAUCUAUAAGUCAGACCUGGAUGCGGCGGGAGGGAUGAACACCCGAGACUUCAGGGACCGCUGGGGUGGGGAGGACUGGGAGCUCCUGGACAGGAUCCUGCAGGCCGGGCUGGAGGUGGAGAGGAUCCACCUGCGGAACUUCAUGCACCACUACCACUCCAAACGAGGCAUGUGGAACAGGCAGCCGCUCAAGGCCACGUAACCGCGGAAACAGAGGAGGGCUUGUGCGGCCCUCCAUUGGCUCGGGCACUUUAGUUACCCCUGGCAACGUGUCAUGGUGUCGUGUGGGGGGCGGGGUUACAAGGAAGCAGAAGGAAGUCAUGUCCCCUGGUCAAGUGUUUUAACAGCAAAGGUGUGGUAGAGCUCUCGCAGGCCUUUUCCUAACUUAAACCCCUUGAGGUUUUGCUCAUAGUGUUGAUACCAUCAGAUGGACGAAGGCGAUGGACAACAGAAAUUAGGCUGAAACAAGAGGAAAGUCGAACGGCCGAAGUAAACAGGAUAUUUUACUGUAACUCUCAUGGAGUGACGCGUGGUCUUUAAGGACAGUGCUGGUCAGGGAUAUGCUUCAGCGUUAUCUGGAGCUGACAGAGCCUCCUGAGAGACGGGCUGGAAAGGAAGGAAGCAAUGGCUCCUCUGUAUACUUCAUGCUGGUCUGGAGGCGUAGUUUUAAAGGGGAUUUAAAAAAAUGAUUUUUUAAAAUAAAGUAUUUGUUGCGCUUCAGUGACAUUAUCCUUUUCCAUCAGUGAGCAGAACAAAGUCACUGUCAAUCAUGUUUUAAUAUUUCACUGAGACAAAUACCUGUUGCCUGUUUCAUUUGUGGCAGUUGCUAACUGGACUGGAAGCAUGCUUGUCUGUCUUACGUUGGAAUAUUUAUUUCAGUGACUCAGUUUUUUGCUGAUGGGUUUUCAAAUGUCUUUAUUUUUUUGUUUUUCUAUUUUUUAUGAGAAGAAAAACACAUUAAUUUAUAUAAAUGUUUUUUUUUUCCAAUUGAACUUCCUGGUUGAUGUCAUCCACGUAUUUAUUAUUUGAUGAUCAAUGUAUUUAUUAAUUUGCCUUUGAUCUUGAAACCUGUGUUCUUACCUUAUUAUUUUCUGUAUGCAUUCAUGGGCCAGUUUUGUGGAUACAGAUUAAUCCUAGAUUUAGUCCUAGAGUAAAUUCAAUCUUGAAUGGAGAUGCUCUAUACCAAACGCAAUUGAGGCCAGGACUAGGCUUAAUCUGUGUCUGUGAGACCAGCCCUAUAUGUUUCUGGGUGCUGUUGCUGUGUGCCUCGCAGCUGUGAGGUCAUUGCAGUUAUCAAACUGUUUCAUUACUUGAGGUGCUGGUGAGGGGAUG